ACAUGAACAUUUUUAAACAUGUGAGCUGACAGGAGGGGCCACGGAAGAUGGACUGUUGUUGAAUCGAGUUGGCACACACACACACACACACACACACACACUUACGCACGCACACUGCCACACCUUCGGACGCAGCCACACUGCACUCUGAGCCUCAGGAUGCCUUGCUCUACACUGCUGUCCUUCCUGAAGGGUCUGUCCCGGGUGAAGCCGUUGGAGCCAGAUGGCGAGAGCUCGGAAUUCCGCCGCUGCUUGACCACACUAGACCUGGUGGCGCUGGGCGUGGGCAGUACGCUGGGCGCCGGCGUCUACGUGCUCUCGGGCGAGGUCGCACGCACCUCAUCUGGCCCCAGCAUCAUCGUCUCCUUCUUCAUCGCCGCCGUGGCGUCCGUGUUCGCCGGGCUGUGUUACGCUGAGUUUGGUGCCCGUGUGCCCAAAACUGGCUCCGCCUAUCUGUACAGCUACGUAACUGUGGGUGAAGUCUGGGCCUUCAUUACAGGAUGGAACCUGCUGCUGUCCUACAUCAUAGGAACGUCCAGCGUGGCCCGAGCCUGGAGCGGAACGUUCGAUGAACUCAUCGGGAAAGUCAUCGAUACUUACCUGAGGGAACACGUAGCUAUGAACUUACCUGGACUCGCACCGUACCCAGACUUCUUUGCUGCGGCACUCAUUAUGCUUCUGGCAGGUAUCCUCGCUUUCGGAGUGAAGGAGUCAGCGAUCGUCAACAAGAUCUUCACCGCCAUAAACGUGCUGGUGCUGCUGUUCGUCAUCAUCUCUGGCUUUAUAAAAGGCAACCUUAAAAACUGGCAGCUGACUGAGGAGGACUUCUUCAAUUCCUCCACAUCUGACAACUCGAACAGCACUACCUUGAAUUUCGGUGUCGGAGGAUUUUUCCCUUUCGGAUUUGAAGGAACGUUGGCUGGAGCUGCGACCUGCUUCUACGCUUUUGUAGGGUUCGAUUGUAUCGCCACGACAGGUGAGGAGGUUCGUAACCCUCAGAAGUCCAUCCCCAUGGGUAUUGUGGCGUCGCUCCUCAUUUGUUUUUUGGCUUAUUUCGGUGUUUCUGCCUCUCUGACGCUCAUGAUGCCGUACUACAAGCUGAACGUCCUGAGCCCGCUCCCUGACGCCUUCACAUACGUGGGCUGGGAGCCGGCCAAGUACGUGGUGUCUGUCGGGUCUCUGUGCGCUCUCUCUACCAGUUUGUUGGGUUCCAUGUUCCCCAUGCCGCGUGUCCUGUUUGCCAUGGCCCGAGACGGACUUCUCUUCAAACCCCUGAGUCGAAUGAGUUCCAGGCAGAGUCCCGUCAUCGCCACGCUCACUUCAGGACUAGUGGCAGCCAUCAUGGCCCUUAUGUUCGACCUGAAAGCUCUGGUGGACAUGAUGUCUAUCGGCACGCUCUUCGCCUACACGCUGGUGGCCAUCUGCAUCCUCAUCCUCAGAUACCAAGGAGAUUCAGACGGGUUGAGCGAGAAGGAGAAGUGGAGUAUUAUACAUCCACCAUCUUCACCUACAGCCACCAGCUCUAAAGUCAUCUCCAUACUGACCAUCAUCAUCCUUGUGUUGAUAGUGGCUCUGAGUGUGAUUCUGACGAAGGGGUUGGAGUCAGGCCUGGUGGGAACGUGGUGGAUGAUUCUGAUCAUCUGUAUACUGGUGUUGUUAUUGCUCACUGCAGUAGUCAUCAUCUGGAGACAACCACAGAGCAGCACCAAGGCUGCCUUCAUGGUUCCUCUCGUGCCGGUGCUUCCCAUUCUCAGCACUUUCGUCAACAUUUAUCUGAUGGUUCAGCUGGGAGGAGACACCUGGAUCCGAUACGCGGUGUGGAUGGCGAUAGGUCUGGUGAUCUAUUUUGGCUACGGUGUUUGGCACAGCGUCCAGAAGAAACGAGACGAAUCUCCUCAUCACUUCGAGCCCAAUACCAUCUGCACCCAAGUGGAGGAAGCCAAGAAAGACAACGUCUCUCUACGACAAACCAAGCUCUAAAGUUUCCCCCCGGUCUCCACCCGAGCCUUAUUAACGCUGAUUCACAAUAAAGAUAUCGAGUUUUACUGGGUUUUGGAUGCUGGUGUUCAAAUCAGGAGGUUUGCAUGUGUUUCAACAGACAUGAAAUGUUCUAAAGACUUGAUCGACUCAUCCAGAAAAACAUCCUCAUAAAUA